AUGUCUCGUAUUAAAUUUCUGAGAGGUCACGCCGUCACCGAGAUUCACUCUUGGUCAUGGAUGGCGUACGAUGGUGGUAUUGACUACAUUAGUACGCCCUUCGGAGGUGUAGACUGGGAAGAGAUGGAUUCCCCUUGGUUUUCUAGUAUGAGUGGCACCGAUGGUGAAAUUCACACGGAUAUUGAUGGAGUAAAUGUUGCUCUGAUUGCUGAAGCCCGCGAGUAUAGCGCUCAUAAUGGAGAGGGAGAGAUCGUUUUCGAUAGUCCUGGAGGCUCCAAUUGCCCUCCCAUGAAAAUGCAUUACAUACUGGUGGUAACGGCGACAAAGCGGUUAGAUCGGAAAGGGAAUCAUAUCUACGAGCGGGUUGGAGCUGGACGCCUGCCUGGAAGUUACAUCAGAUCUGAGCGAGAGACAGUGAAGAUUCGUUAA